GCAAGCGCCUUUAUUAUUAAUUUUUCCUUUGGUGGCCUUGAUUUAAUCACAUGGCACAUGGCAGGCCCACAUGGCCAUAGACAUUAUUACUCCUUUUGCAAAACUGUUCAGAUUGUAAACAAUUAAUAAACCAAAUACAUAUAACAUAAUUUACUGGAUUUUACAAAAUGAGUUCUCAAAGGGGAAACACUCAACGGACAAGACCGCAGAAACAUCAGAACCGAUUUGUUUUCAAAAAUGAUCUUCAUGAUAAAUCCCACAAAAUGAAAGCCAUAAAUAACAUACAAGUUGCAAAUGUUUGUGAGAAGUGUAAGAAAAUAAUUGAAUGGAAGAUUAAGUAUAAAAAGUUUAAGCCCCUCAAAGCUCCUGCAAAGUGUGCAAAAUGUGAACAAAAAGUUGUGAAACAUGCAUAUCACAUAAUGUGUCAAUGUUGUGCUAGAGAAAGAGAUGUCUGUCCAAAAUGUGGAAUAAAAGCUGAAUUAGUCGAAGGUCAUACAAACCCCAUGGAGCAAUUGAAAUUAGAUGCUGAGUUGCAAUCAAUGCUUAAGGAACUGCCUGAAAGAAAGCGAAGGACAUUUAUUCGUUAUAUGAAUCAAAAAGUCGGGAAUAUAUCUGUUUCAACUGAAGUACAAACUGAAUUGAGUGACAAGAGCAACAUUUCUAUUGAAAGAAAAACUGAAAAGGAAGAAAGUGAAGCAAUGCAUAAAAACUUAAUGGAUAAGCUGAAAUCCAUGACUGUAAAGGAAAGUUUAGAUGAUUGUAUUUCUGACUUAGAUUAUAGUGAUGAUAAUGAUGAAGAUUGUGAUUCUUCAGAAAAAAGUUAAUUAAAAAUUAAACAGUAUUUGCAUCUCAGAAAUUGCAACUACUACAAAUGACAUUGCUACAUGUAGUGUAUUAAGACUACAUUUGUAUAAUAGUAUAAUACAUUUUUCAUAAUAAAGAACUAGGUUUUUUUUUACUUAAAUUCUUCUGUAAAAAUACAUUUUGAACUAUGUUUUAAUAAAAAUAUUAAUUUUGUUUUUAAUUUAAAA